AUGGCAAUGCCCAGCGAACCCAGUGGCCGAGUGUUCUCCUGCAAGGAGCUCUCGUGCUUCGACGGAGAGCUUUGCAGUGAGAUCUAUAUCAGCUUCUCGGGCCAGGUUUACGAUGUCAGCAGCAGUAGAAGUUUGUAUGGCAAGUCGCCUCCGGGCCCAUACCACCAACUCGCUGGGCGUGAGUGCGCAAGGGCACUCUCCACGAUGUCGUUGGAUCCUUCGGAUGUUGGCCGUGACGACCUAGACGACAUCUCGGCUUUGGUGGAAAAGCUGCAGGAAAAGAUGACACCUGCAGAGGUCCGGACAGCUGUCCAAAAGGCCUUCGACGAUUGGCAGCGGAAGUUCAUGGCGAAGUAUCCUCGAAUAGGUGCUCUCCGGCGGGCAGGAGAUGAUCAUCACGACAGCGCCGCUCGCGAAAGCUUGCAAGGACACCCUGUACAUUCCCAUCCCAAGUUUCUCCUUCCCGAGUCUUCUCCAGUGGAACCUUUUACAGAAGAUCGCAUGGAGUUGUUAUCCCGGAAGCCACGGGCAUACCUCCAGCGCAAAUUCUUGAGCCCGCUGGAGUGCCAGACCCUCAUCAGCAUGAUUCUGCAACGCUCACACGGAACCAACUUCGAAACAAAGCUGCGGUCUCGUCUGGCAGUGGAUGAUCCGGUUUGGACGCCGGAACAGCGAGAGCUGAUCUUGAAGAUAGAGACUCGCCUGGCUGAGUGGACGGGCUGCCCUGCUCACCCCGACGAGACUGCCUUGGUUGGGACCUUGACUCCGCCUCAGAAGAACGAGGAUGCGAAGUCUGCGGUGAGCAGCCAUUUGGGCUUGCACGUCGACACCAAUGCAGCCCACUGGCGCUACUGUACGGCCAUCAUCUACCUCUCCAGCCUCAGCGAUGGCCUGCGUGGAGGGGAGACAGUGUUCCCUGUGGCCCUCGAUCCGCACCGUGAAGGCCCUCCAAGUGAGGCGGAGGAGCGAACUAUCGAGGCUGCCGGUGAACUGCUUGACAUGGGCUUCGACCACACGGACAAGGUGCUUGAUGCUAGUCAGACAGUUGCUGCCGAUGCUGCCCGUGCCCAGCUGGCGGCACAAGAUCUUCUGGCUCGAGCCGACUGUAACGACUCAGGUUUGCAGGUCACUCCUUCUCAAGGCUCCGUUUGCAUCUUCUGGACACGUCAGGAUGAUGGGGAGAUCGACCGCUUCUCCUGGCAUGGAGGUGCUCCGGUGCGUCGAGAUCCAAAAUCGGCCCAGCGAUUUCUGAGACCCGAGAUGCUGGGCUGGAAGUGGACAUUGCAAAAGUUUAAGGAGGUGCCGAUUGACAAGC